AUGCUUCGUGGCCCAUUUGUGGGUCGCGGCACGUGGCGCUUUCAUCCGUCGCGGGGCUCCUUUCGGACGAGUUCUUCUAUUGCCAUGUCCGACGGCCCCAGCGUCUGGUGUGGUCCGUGCCUUCCCCGUGGAGAGGGAUACACCACCGGCAGCCUUGUCCUUUCGGCUACGGAGACGUCCAAUUCAGGCUAUGCCGACGCCAUGGCGGUGUCACCCAUCCGGGAAGCGAAAACCAUGCCGUACCACGAGUUCGUGUCUUUUGAAACGUACGUCUUCGAUUGCGACGGAGUCCUUUGGGGCAUCUCCGACGAGGAUUCGAAGACCUCCGUGACCACGGUGAAUCAUCUCCUGCGUCUCGGGAAGCGGGUCAUGUUCGUCACGAACAACUCCAACAAGACACGCUCUCAAUUUCUUCAGCAGCUGGAAGGAAAAGGCAUCAGCUUCGGGCAGCGCAGCCAUGAGGACAAGCUGAGUAUGAUGAUCAGCGCCUCCUAUACGACCGCGGCUUACUUGCAGACCAUGCAGCUGAAGCGGCCGUUCAUCAUCACCUCGGACACCGGAGUGCUGGAAGAGUGCCGCUUGUUAGGCAUCACAGACUACUUUGCCACCAUCGACGACAACGGUAAGACGGCUCCCCACUUCGAGAAGCUGGACAUGAUGGCUGCCGUGGAUGCUAUCAAAGCCAGGCCGAAUGUGGACUCGAUCGUGGUUGGCUGGGACAUGCAGCUGACAGCUUCGAAGGUCGCAGCGGCUGUGAACUACAUCAAGUGGCACGAGGAUCUUCAUGCAGGGAAGCCUGGAUACCAGGAGUUGCCCCUCAUCGCCUGUUCCAGUGACACCGGGGGCGUGCUUGGAAAGACCACCCACUUGGGAAAGGAGUUGAAGGUCCGGGCGAUUGGAAACGGUGCCAUGGCAGACAUCAUUGGCCGAAGCUUUGACCCACCGAAAUCAUGGAAGGACAUGGGAAAACCAUCAGAGGCCCUGAUCCGCUUGCUUCAAAGCCCCACGGCCUACAACGUGAAUGUGAACAAAGCUCUGAUGGUGGGAGAUACGCUGCAGACGGACAUCGUUUUUGGAAACCUUGGCGGGAUGAA